ACGAGACGGUUGUGAUCAUUACCACAUGAUAUAUAUAUAUAUAUAUCUAGUAUACGAACAAGUUCCACUGAGGCUAGUACCUGCGGCGCAUGCGCGAAGUCUUCACGCAUGCGCAUUACAGUAGGCAACUGGUGCUGUCGCAGAUGAUCCAUCAUGGCGGCAGCGUCCAGUCCGGUAGAACAAGCUGCAGCAGCUAAACCAGCGUUCGACCUGUCGGAGCCGCCGGUGAUCGACGGCUUCACUCCGCUCCCCCGGCCCAGUGAAGAGGGGUUUAAAGACAAGUUCAUACGGAAAACUAAAGAAAACCCGUUUGUUCCUAUCGGUUGCCUGGGCACUGCAGGAGCACUUCUCUAUGGCCUCCGAGCUUUCAAACAGGGGAAGACGCGUCAGUCUCAGCUUCUCAUGCGUACUCGCAUCUUUGCCCAAGGAUUUACCGUCGUGGCCAUUGUAGUGGGCGUCGCCGCGACGGCACUGAAGUCCAGACCGUGAAUUGAGGGUUCAGAGUUCAAAUCCGGACACAGCAUUUUCUCAUGGCCCAUGUGAGCUACUGCUACUGACUGACUUUUUUUAUUCUAAAUGUUUGUUUUUUUUGGUUGCCUUCGGGUGAAGCCUUUUGUGUGUUACCCCACCACAUAAUAGUAUGAAUUAGCUGCUGUGUGAAUGUGGGGUGUGGUGUAAAUGAACAGGCCAAAAAUAAAAUGUAUAUUUGAUAGAUGAAGUUUUGCACUGGAGUUCUGACUCGAACCAAUCCGCUUCACGAUGACUAGCGUCAAAAGCCAUCAAGGUUGGAGAUAAAUAAAAUGUUCUCACCGCUAUGCAAAUUAAGGUUCCAGACAUUUGACCUAGCACUGACCUUGACCCUGUUUGCAUAGAUGUCAUAUAAACCCAAGGGCAAUACUGAAGGUAAAGACAGUCCCCUUCUCAGUAGUGAAAGCAUAAACUUUAUAACCAUAGACACGUGACGCUUGAUAGUGUAGUGUGUAUGCUACCAGGUUUGGAAUAAAUAAUCUCAACCAUGA